AUGGCGAAAGUAUCAAAGAGUGCCUUUUCAAAUAUCAUCAAACACAUCGACACGCAUAACAGAGUGGCCUACAUGGAUCAAAUAGACAACAACAACAGUAAUAAUAAUAAUAGGUAUAAUAAUAAUAAUAAUAAAAGAGGUAAUGAUAGUAGUAGUAGUAGAAGUGCCUACAACAAUGUUUGGUUGAGGGAGUUUGAUAGACUGGAGUCAAGUAUGGCUGAUAAGUGGGGUCAUACAGGGUAUAAGGAAAUGCAUCCGGAAGAUUUCCAGCCAUCACCCUCACCAUCACCCGAUCAAAAUGAUUAUAAUGAUACUCGUCGCCACAGUGGACGCCGUAACAACACUGAAUGUUGCAGUCGCGACAAUGGCGACAUUGAAGAUAGAAAGAAGAAAAAGAAGACGGACAAAAAGAAAAAAAGAAAAAUGUUCACAAAAGAUUCUGAUUUUGAAGAAUCAUUGAGAGGACACAAAGACCGGAAGCGGAAGUUGUCAGCGCCUUCCUCCCUGUCGUCAUCAUACUCUCCAAAGAAGAAGAAGAAGAAAACAAAGAAGAAAAAACAUAAAAAAUAA